AUGAGGGGACAGAGUCCAGUUCUAGGCAAAAUAGAGGAUGGUGAAGGCUUGGGGCCUGCAGUGGCCAGCUGGGAGGGGAGGAGUGCAAAUAUCCAGGAGGACGUGGGAGAUCUGGCCCUGAAAGACGCAGCAAAGGGCGGCGGCGGCAGAGGCACAAACACCGCGCCUGGAACGGGCGGCUGGAAAAGUGUCUUUGGAUGGACUCCUGGUGUCCCGGAGCAACGCUGUUUGUUGGGAGGCGCUUUGAAGCGGCUGCAGAGCCUGGGAGCGGCCGGGGCUCCGCCGGCACCCCGAUGUCCCUGUCCUGCGGGACCCUGCUGUGCCCCCCGCGCUGGCCGGGCCCUCGGGGGGGCUGUGCCCCCCUGGGCCCCCCGUGCCCGCCCUGAGCAAGGCACGGUCCCGGACCCGAGGCCAUGCCCCAGUGCUGUGAGGAGUUCUGUGCAGUCCCCCACGAGCUGCAGCCUCAGCCCGGCCAUGGAGAACUCAGAGGUGGAGUCGGACAUGCUGCGGCGGGUACGGGCAUUGCUGCGGGAGCUGGACGGGCACCACCCCUCCUGCCAGACCUCUGUCACCCCUGCACAGCCCUCGCUCACCCUGGCCAUGCAUGAAGCUGGGACACACAUGCAGAGCCCCGGGGAGCUGGGAUCUCACGGAGCCCCGAGCUGGAGUCUCCCGCUCCCUCUCACGCCGGUGUUCCCCUGCCAUGCCCUGCCCAGCUCGUCCCUGAAGAAUCCCGUGUUUCCUCUGUGCUAUGGGUUUGGGGGAUGA